AUGGACCCCACAACGCUCAUCCAGCACCCCAUCCCCGUACGCAACAUCGUUCUCCAGCUGCCUCAAGCCUAUCUCUCUUCCCUCCUCACAUUCCACGAUGGCGCCUUUCAACCUCUCAAUGCUAUCGUGACAAGAAUCACUCCCAAGUCUAUGACCGUCACCUACUCGCAGCCCCUCCGCGAACCUUGGGCUAAUCCCCUCCCACGUACCGCCACCAUUGCCUUCACCCCUCCGUUGCCCCCGAUUCCCUCAGACUCUGCCUCCGAGGAGGCGCAAUACGAAUGGGAGACCAUCUGCGCCGCGCGCAUCCGCGAGAUGGAGGAAGAGGCCACCCGUCGCAAUGAAGGACGCAGCGAUAUUGUUGUCACUCGCUACCUCCUACCAGAUCAUUACAUGGGAUGGCUGUCGAUAUUACAGUUUGUAGCAUUGACUGUGCUGAUAUUUAUGCAAAUCAAGUAUGCGCCAGAGGUGCUGAAGAUACUGUUUGAGCCCGAGUGGAAGUUCAAUGCCGCGGUGUUGGUGCAUGCCGCGAUACUAGUCAAGAAGAGUAGAGAUGUCAUGAACAUGAAUGAUAAGCUCAGGAAACACCAGGUUGAUAAGCUGCCUGGGUGGAAGUACACCGGGCCAUGGAUGAAGUGGCUGAUAACGUGUGCCUUUGAGGGGUGGAGAUGCGCGAAGAGGUUUGAAGAGGAGGCGGCGAGGGUGGGGAGGGAGAUGGCGGCCAAGGAGAAGAAAGGGAAAUAG